UGGGAGCGGGCGCGGCUGGGAUGGGAACGGGGUGGGUGUGGGGGCCUCUCCGGCGCGCCCGUCGUAUUGGGCGGGGGCUACCCACGGGUCGUCUCUCAGCGUCGGCCCGCGUCGGAGUUCGCCAGCGAUCGCCGCUCCCUCUUCCCCGCCUGCCGCUGGCCUCACCCAGAUGCAGAGGCGAGGGCUCGCGGCUUACUCUCCUUUCCACCCUGGCCGCCGCCUCGCUCCUCGUUUCCUUCCUUUCUCAUUUUUGGGGAUGGGCGGCUGGAAUCUGAGGAAGCGCACCCAAGGGCCGCCGCCCCGGUCGCGGUAGCUCGGUCCCCCGCACCCUUGCACGCCCACCCGGCCCGCGGGUGGCCGGGCUGCCGCGAGCAGCGCGGCGUGAGGGAUCCUGGCGGAGCCGCGAGCUGCUCCAGAGGGGCUGCUGUCAUGCCCCAGGACUCCGGCCCCGCCAGCCGGGCGACCCUGUGUUUGCCUCACGCUGAGUUUAAAUCGCCCGGCUGGGGCUGGGAAGGAAAACCGCUCCCCCCACCCCGCAGUUCCCCUCCCACCCUUCCUCCCGAGGUUGUUUUUUUCCCCCCUUUUAACCAAGACAAUCAAACGUAUUGGAUCUUUCAUUCAUAGACCUGAGACACUGUCUCGUGAUUUGUGUCUUUACUAAGUCUAUUAUGCGAUGUCUGCUUCAUAGCUCCUAAGUGGUUCAGAAAGGUAGGGUACGCCCAGGAUUGGGCUAUGUAAACACCAGACGUUCCGCCAGUGUUUUGACCGCGGCUUGAGGGGUUUAUUUUAGGAUGCUAAAGGAAUAGUGGUGAUGGUGGCUUGUUCCCAGAAUUGGGGAUCGAAAACUGUUUUCUUAGAUGUCAAUAACGGGGGAACUGUUUACAUAGUUAAUGAACGAUAAGGGGAGCGCGACAAGAGAGGGCUUUGUAGAAAACAGCCUGCAUAUUCUUUAAUGAAUUAGAGUUGUGAUUUCGUUUUUGAGAAGCUUCCUCAUUCCAGCGACUUUGUGCACAUGCGGGACAUGGGUUUGUGAGAUGAUGUUUUGAAUCCAGUUUGUGAGGCCUGGGAGAACCCCCAGAAAACUUGGGUAGAUGAACUCCUGGUAACUCAAGUCGGGUGAUUUCAAUGGCCAACAUUUGAACCACUGCGGGCAAUAUUGGUUGCAUGUUUUCCUGCUUAGAAAAUAGAUUCUUCGGGUAUUACAAAUUUGCUUGUGUGCUGGAUUGUGUGAUGUUAAGACCUGGAAAUACUUAAGUUAACCAUGUUGCUAAUUUAACUUGGAUAGAUCAGAACACUUUACGUCUUUAUUAAGGAGCCCUCAGAGCAACUGCAAGUGUAAGAAUUUGUUAAUAUGUCUGUGUUUUCAAGUUUUAAGAUUUUUUAACUGAAGUAUUGAAUUCUGGUUGAUAGCGUAGAUCUGUAGCUAAACAUCACAUGGUAUGGAAAAUUUUAAUUAUCAGAUUAACUGUUCUGCAGUGUCAUCAACCAAAAUUAUCUGAAGAGGGCCCAGCAGGGGUGUGUGUGUGUGUGUGUGUGUGUGUGUGUGUGUGUGUGUGUGUUGGUGUUUGUUUCGUUUUUUAAGUUUUCUCAUCCUGUGUUUUGGGAUAAAAUUAAAAUUUCAUCCAUAACUUUUUUCACAAGUUUCUUGUGCAGUUUUCAUCAUUGUAAAAUGGAGUGGUUUUCUAUUAAAAUCACAAAAUAGGUGAUUAUGAUGUGAUAGCACAUCAUAAUAGUAAUAGCUCCAUGGGGGAAAUAGCAAGACCGUAAAUUAAUAUUAAUAUUCUAUCAACUAUGAGUAUAAAGUUUGAAAGGCAUUUCUGUCAGUUUUACUUGAAGAAUUCAAAAUAAACCACAUAUGUAAAUGCAGAAUUGCUUUAAUAUAUAUAAAGUUUUUAAAUUUUAAGUAAAUUAGAUAUAACAUGAAAGAGAUAUCACUGCAUACAAUACUGUACUUGAACUGAAAGAUUACUUCAUGAAAGUGUAUAUUCUCAUGGGCUGGAUAUGUAUAAAAGGGAGGCGAAAAGAACAAGUGACUGCCUGGCUCUGUGUAUGGAACAGUCCUUCUGGAGGCAGACCUUCCUUCCUGUGAGGAUAAGAUCCUCUCCAUCCCAAAGAAGUAUUCCUUUAAAAAAAAAAAAACAAAACACUAAAUUUAUAAAUAAAAUACUUGUAUAAUAAGGUAGAUCAUAAUAAUGUUUUUCCUAAGACAGUUUACUUUAUUUGUAGCUUUCAUGAUUAGAGCCCUUUAGUGAACAAAGGAGUUUUAAACAUUUGUUGUUACCAUUAAAGGGCAUUUGCUCUGUUGAUCUGUUUAUUUGAAAAGAGCUAACUUAAUCCCAUUUGAUCUCUUUAGCAACUAGAAUAGCAUUAAAAGGAUCAGUUCCCUAUUUUAUUUUUUUAAUAUCUUGAAUUCCAAGGUAGGCAUUAUUCUUUAAAUGAAUGAAAUGUAUUCCUUAAGCAUCAUACAAGAUUUCAUCCUUGGUGAAAAUAUUUAUGAUCUUUAAAAUUGUGCAAUUUUGGCAGCAUAAAUCUUGGAAUAUUCUAGUUUCUAUUUUAUUAGCCCAUUUAUUAAGCUUUUUCUUAAGUGUUGUCUUGAAUUACAGCAGUCCUGUAGGCAGGCAGUAUCACUAUCUUUGAGAAGUGACAUUUUAAUCUAAGGUCAUACAGGUGUCAGGUGACAGAUUCAUUGACAAAACCAAUGUUUUCUGACUGCUUUCACUAUAUCAGACUAUCUCUAACUUGCUUCUUCCUGCUUUCUGAUAGACAAACUAAGGCCCAGAAAAGUUAAUUACUUAAGACCACCUUUUUCAUGAUUUCCAGUAAUAAGCAUAUUUUUUAAUUCCUUAUAUAGCUUUAAAAGUGGUUUUCAAUCUUGGCUAUACGUUAGAAUCUUCUAGUUAGCUUUUUUAAACUACCAGUGCCAGGGCCUCAUUCCCAGAGAUUCUGAUUUAAUUGGUUUGAAAUGGAGCCUAGACAUCUGUGGUUUGUUUGUUUGUUUUAAAGUUCCCCAGGUAAUUCUAAUAUACAAAAUUGUAAAGCCCUUGUUUCCAAGGACCUGUAUGAUUUGGUCCUUGCUUGUCUUUCUAGGUUAAUUUCUCCUCCCACAGCUUCGUUGACCUUUCCCUGCUUUCAUGUGCAAAUACUCUUCCUGAAAUAUUCGCGCACUCCAUACCUCUGCCUUAACUAGCUGAUUCCUACUCAUCUUUCAUACCUCCUCCUCCUAAAAGUCUAGUCUGGGUUAGGUAUCCCUGCCUCCUGUUCCCAUAGCAUCUUGUAUUCCUACUGUCAUAGCAUUGACUCACUGCAUUAUAAUUGACUGUUUAUUUGUAUCCUCCACCAGGAUAUAAAUUCUAUGUGAAGGAUAGGGAAUUUUUCUAUUUUAUAUACAGUUGUAUUCUUAUUGCCAAGCACAGUAGCCAGCAGAUAAUAGGCACUUAUUAACUGAAUAAAUAUAUUGGCAACAGAUUUUUUACAACAUGUAAUAAUUUAUGAACACCAAUUAAGUUUUUACUUCUGCUAAAUACAUUUAAUAUCUUUGGUCACUAAAAGUGUCUAUCCCUGAACUUGCCACACGUACAAUUUCGUUUAGAGACAGUUGAGACGUUAUAAAUUAUACAUGAAUUAUAUCAAGUGUGACUCAACCCCAAACACAUACAAACAAAAAUAAGGAUCAUUAUUAUGCACAGAACUGCCCAGGAAAUCAGGAGACUUGAAUUCAAAUCCAUUUCACUACAAGCAUUAUGUCCUUGGGCAAGUCUCAGUCUUUUGGGGCUUCUGUUUCCUCAUCUGUAACACAGAGAGAUUGUACUGGGUGCUCUACAUGGUACUCAGUGAUCUGGCCUUAAAGUCUUAUGAGUACCAAAAAACUAAAAAUAAUUGGUUUUAGAAUCUGAAGCUCCUUGGUUUAAUACCUGGCUCUUAGAGUUACUGUCAGGAUUACUUUAGACAGAUUUCCUAAUCUGCAUAAUAGGAGUAAUUACUAUUCAGUAGAGUUGUUGUUGAAUUAAAUGAGAUAAUAUACAUCUAAAAGAGUUUUUGUCCUGUGUUAGGUACUUAAUAAAUUUUCAUUUCCUUUCCCCUUAGGAGGUGUUAGAUCUCAUGAGUGGACUUAGAUAACAGAAAGACAUAGUUUAUGUAUUAAAUCCUGUUUUCCACUUUGCUGAGUGCUAGCAUUACAGAUGUGACUAGGGACCAAAACAACUGUGGCUUUUAGUUUCAUUUUCUCAGAACCCCAUUAGACUGUCAAAUACCCACGUGUUAGCCUGGGAAAUAAUUGUGCUUAGAAAUUUCAAUCAUGACAGGAUAUCAAAUGCUAAACUAUCAAUACAUCUAUAAUUUGAAGGAGGAGAGAGUCUGGUGACCUUAUACCACCUACAAAGAUAAGUGAAAUCAGACUUGACCGCUCCAAAAGAAGGGGACAAAUUAAAACUAAGGGUGAUCUAUAAAAAGAAGACCCAGCAAUUUUGGUGAAGUCUCUGUUCACCAAAGCUUAAAACUCAGGAAUCAUUAUUUGGUAAUUUCUAGGAGAUAUAGGAAAUACACCUCUGGUCAGGGCCAAUUCCAGAAGAUAAGAUUGUUCUUGAUGUCACAGUAACAAUUUCAAAUAUCAACAGACUGAAAUUGUUUAUUUGGGAGCCAUGUUUUUUAUAUAGUUAUCUUAGGAUUUAUUUGGUAAUAGAGAGCAACCUUACAGUGUACUAAUAUCUCUUUGCUAAAGUUUUUUGAUACCGAUCUUAUUUUUAUAUAAAUCGAAUUGGCAUGCCUGAGUUUUCCCUUAAGUUUAUGUUUAAAGUGAAUUUUAUUACCAUUUUGGAGAAAAAUUCUAUAAUAAAAACUGAAAACUGUGGGGAGAAGAAACUGAAGUGUUAGGGCAUAAAGAAAUUUGAAGCAACACAUAGUGAAUGAAGUCUGAGCAUUCAACUUGAAGGCUUGAGAUUUCCAUCAUUCAAAAAAGGUUAUUAGACCUUAGAUAUACCAGUAAUGUUGUAUAGCUAUAUAUCUUAUUCACAUUUAACCCUUUUUCUAUGAACUGAUUGACUGAUCCUGGUUAAGGAAUUUUUAGGUGUUUCUUCUCCCUGUCCCCAAAUACAUAGUUUGGGGAGUUUCAAGUUAAAAUGUUCCACUAAAGAAUUUGUAAUAAAUGUGGUACCUUAGAGCUUUUUCAAGUUUAAUAUUUAUUAAGGUGAAGCUGUUCUUAGGGUGGAUUAUAGAGCUCUGAUCUAGAGGACUAAUGGACUGAAUUCCAGCCACAAACUGCUGCUUUAUAUAUGUGUAUGGGGGAGAGGAGGCAGAUUAUAUCAAGUUUUUGCCUCUUUUUCUGCAUUGAGAUGAUAGGAACUCUAAUAUGUUGCUUGCUAAGUAACUCAUGUAAUUAAUGAGAUAAUUUAAAUGAUCCCUAAAAUUACAUAAAAUUAUUAAGGAAGAAUGUAUACAUACUAAUCAUUAUUUUAAGUUUACAUCUAAUACAAGAAUAACACCUUUCAUAUUUAGCCCAACAAUUAAAUACUCAUUUUUUCUGUAAUAUUCUAGUAGUUACCUUGAUAAUUUAUCUAAAUUGCUAGAUUAAGUUUUAGUAACCUUUAGCAUAUAAUUGCAGUUGUUACAAAGGAGUCUUUGUAUCAAAGCCAGCAUUGCCAUUUGAAAUAAAGGUGGGAUUUAAAAAUGUAGUAAGAAUUUUUACAGACCAUACCUAUCUGGUACACAUCAUAUUUUAAAUAUUUGUGUAAAAAAAGUCAAGUGUUUUGAUUUGAAAAAAGCUGUACCAGGAUAGAAUCAUCCUACUCUGAUCUUAAUUCUCUUGCCAAACUGAAUACUAACUCAGGAGUUAGUAAGACUCAGUGGAGAGGUGCAUCGUACAAACUUCCCAUAGAGAGGGGCACCCGGGUGGCUCAGCCAGUUAAGCGCCCAGCUUCAGCUCAGGUCAUGAUCUCAGUUUGUGAGUUCAGGCCCCAAGUCAGGCUUUGUACUGAUUGCUUAGAGCCUGGAGCCUGUUUCAGGUUCUGUGUCUCCCUCUCUACCCCUGGCCUGCUCACACUUUGUCUCUCUCUCUCUCAAAAAUAAACAAACAUUAAAAAAAAAAAAAAACCAGCACUAUAGAAAUUUGAAACAAUAUGAUAAAGAUAUUUUUAAGCAUAAAUUUUUUGACAGGAUGUUCAUUCCUAUUAUCUUCGGCACUUAGCAUAGUGCCUGGAUAUAACUAGCCACUAAGCAUUGAUAUUUUCACAGUAGAAUCAUAAUUGAGAAUCAAAAUAAUUUUCUUUUAUCAGUUUGUAGCUACAUACUUCAAACUAUCUAAAACUAGGUAAAUUGCUCUGUGCCAGUCUUAGUUGAUCAUUUAUUGAGUAUAGGUUUGAAGUAUAUCAGAAACACUUUUCUGUAAGUUGCUAAGUAGUUGCAGAUUUCUAUUGCUAUUUAGAGAUAAUUUUAACAAAGAUUGAUAGGUUAAGGAGAGGCUGUGUGUUAUGGUGAAAAGAACAUUGGAUCAAGAAUCUAAAAUCUAGACUCUGUAUUGAACUGUUAACUGGCUGUUUGGUUUUAGAGCUUGACCUUUCAACAAUUGUUUCUUUUACCCACAAGACAUCUAAUGUUCUUUGCUAUUCCAAAAUUCUGGGAUAUUGCUAGUAUUUUAAAGUCUAUUUCUGAUUUCAGGGAAGAGUAAGUAAGCCACUCCCUCGAGGGAGGAUAGUCCAUGUCUGUUGUAUUUUCAGAAGCUAAAAUCUUUUUGUCUGCUUGCUUAUAAAUUUGCACAUAUUUGAAGGCUCUUGUGUGAAAUUCUGUGGCAUAGACAAGCUGCCAUCAGAAAAAGAAUGGACUGGAAAGAUUUUUUUUCUUUCUGAAACCAUCAGGGAUUUUGUAGAAUCAGACUUACUGUAGGAGUGGCCGUUUUGGUUACUGGCGUUGAGAGCAGUUAAAUGACUGAUAGGCAUUGAGAGUAGGUCAUCUAUUGCACACCAGGUGACAGAGUUAUGAAGGCCAGCAAACCUGUCACAGCACCCUUAAUACCACUGAUCACCAUCCCUACUUGUUAAAGACUUCUAGGAAGGUAUGUUCCACAAUUUCCUUUGAUGACCUGUCCCACUAAAUGUUCUUCAGAAAAUGUGUUCUAAUCUUAGGACUAUAAAUCAAGAGGCAUAGUAAGCCUUUUUUCUAGAUAUAUCCUUUUUGUGCAAAUAUAAGGAAAGAUGACAAAAAUAAUUGUCCUUGAUUGGAAAGCAUUGGUAUCUAUGCCACUGAUUUGCUUCUAUAAACGUUCAAAUUACUCACCUUCAGGGUUUGAAUAUUUUGUAGCCAACAAACUGUUCAAAUUAUGAGAUGUUAUUUGGAGUAUGUACUCAUUUUUCAACAAGCUAAGCACAUUUCUGUACCUUAUUUUUCUUUGAGAGAUUGUACUUUUUCAAGUACUUUUUUGACGGACUUAUUACAGGUCUAGACCUGAAAGUACUAUUGUUGCAUUUUGAAACAAUUGACUGCCUUUAGCUUAAAAAGUGAGUGAAGUGUGUGUGUGUGUGUUUUCCUUAGGAGUCUGAGGAGGUUAACUUCUUGGCAAGUGCAAAAACCUUGAAGUUUUUCGCCAGCUAAGCUAUUCUGUGAAUAAUAUAGGUCUGUAGGGUACGUCAUCAAAUAUAGAGCACUAUAUUUGAUGGGAAAAAUUGUGGGGGAAAAGAUUGAAACUAGAACUACUAAAGUCCAAUCUGAAAUCAAACCACACAUGACAGGAAAGAAAGGAAAAACUGUGUGAUACUGUCAUUUUUUUAUUUAUAAAUAUUAAUAGUAACAUCAUUAAAAAAAUUUUUUUUAAUGUUUAUUUUUGAAAGAGAGAGAGAGAGACAGAGCGUGAGCAGGGGAGGGGCAAAGAGAGAGGGAGACACAGAAUCCGAAGCAGGCUCCAGGCUCUGAGCUCUCAGCACAGAACCUGACACAGGGUCCAAACCUGUGAACCGUGAGAUCAUGACCUGAGCCAAAGUUGGACGCUUAACCAACUGAGCCACCCAGGCAUCCAAUAGUAACAUCACUUUAAAGUUAUUUUCUAUAUGAAGAUUUCCUUAAAAUCUAAUGGCUAUUAUUAGUUGCAUUUGAGACCCCGAAAGGCAGCUUCUUAAAGUAUUUAUGAAAGAUACUUGUAUUCUUUUUUUUUUUUUAUGUUUGUUUAUGUUUGAGAGAGAGAGAGAGGGAAACACAAAAUGCGAGUGGGGGAGGGGCAGAGAGAGAAGGAGGCACCAAAUCCAAAGCAGGCACCAGGCUCUGAGCUGUCAGCACAGAGCCCGACACAGGGCUCGAACUCAUGGACCAGGAGAUCAGGACCUGAGCCGAAGUCCGAUGCUCAACUAACUGGCCCACCGAGGCACCCCUGUAUUCUUUUUCUCUAACUAUAUAGCAGUUGUAAAAGUUGAACAGGACUUUUCCAAAGCAGCUUCUGUACUUGUCUUGAUAAUUAUAAUGGUAGCAACACUCAAAGCAGUCUGGAAUAUUAGUAAUUUUAUAGUGUGGAGAUUGGUUGUUCAUUUUCUGUUCACUAGAAACGACCAACUUUCAAGUUUCUUAAUGAUAUUAUGGGACUCCAGAUUUCCUCAAAUUCAGUUUCACUAAUUCUGUACAAUAAAAGGUAGUAAUUUUUACAGCCAUGUAAUAAUGUUCAUGGACACUAUUGUAUAGUUAAAUGUAUCUACUAAUGUAUCAUGACUAAAACAGUUAAAUGUAUCAUGCUGUGGUCUUUUUGUUGAGUAUAAAUAUUAAGCAUGUAAAUUAGUACAUUUCUCCUGCAAAUAAUUUUUUUCCCCAAUCAAAAUGAAGGUAAGUAAUUUGACAGUAGGAAUAUUUGAAGGCAGGACAGUCUUCGAAUAUUCACAAAAUACAGUUACUGUACUUAGGCUUCUUUAGUUUUCUUUUCUUUCUCCAAAAUAUACGUCAUAAUGGUUAAGAGCAUGUGCUCUGGAGCCAGACUAUGGAGAUUAGUAGUUUUUUUUAGCUUAAAGCAAGUUAUUUACCCUGUCUGGGUUAAAUAUUCUCUGGGUUAUUAACACAUAUUUCCGUGUUUGUAAAAGAGGGAUGAUAACAAUACCUACAUCAUAACAUUGUAGUGAGGAUUAAAUAACUAAUACAGUUAAGUUUUUUGACAGUGCCUAGUUGGUAGUAAACACUCGACAAAUAUUUGUAAACUCCUUGAGAGCACAAACUGUGUCCUAUUCAUCAGUUUAUUUGGGGGCGUUAACAUUAUGUAGUGAAUUGAAUUUUGUCCAUUCUGAGGAUUUACUAAUGGAUCCAGUCUCUAGAGAAUGAACAGUAAGGCUGCCUUCUAACAAGUUUCUUGAUUACUAAGCAGUAAUGUUCUUUUUGUUCUAUUACAACUUAAAAUUUCAUUCUAACUCUAGGAAUCUGAAUUGUGUUUCACACCUACUCCUAAGAGAAGUUAGCACAUGGAGAUUUAGCUUGAUGGGAAUGAGGUAUUGAUGGACAGAAGAUACUAAGAAAUGGAUGUACAUAUUUCACAUCUAGUCUGAUGUUCCCAUGGAUUGAUUUUUCCCUGUCAAUUCCUGGAAUCUCAAAAUCCCUGACAGAUAUCUUUAAUAGCAUUCAAUAGCCAUUGAAGUAGCACUUGUUUCAUGCUACCCGUCAUUUCCUUUCCUUGUCCUCCCUCAUGCACUAAAGUCUGUAGUUGUGUCCUAUUGUCAUAUAGUCCCUAUGUUACAAGACUUUUAUAGAAUUCUCAUGUCAUGUUGGAAGCUGCUUAUAUUUCACUUACCCAUGAUACUUGUUAUGAAGUCUUUAUUAAAUACAGUAUUUACUCUUUUUAGAUAUCAUUUUGUUUGUUACCUGGUUUGUACUCAUUGGACAUUGUAUAAACCUUACAAGUCAUGUAUGUGAAAAUAAGGAAAACAACCAUGUGUUUUGAUUUUAACAUGAGUUCAGUCUCUAAUUCUUUGCCUUUAAUUACUGAGUUACCUACCUGGCAUCAUUGAUACAAGUUUUUGUGGCAUCAUUGUAUUGGCACUUUACAUAAAUGAGAAUAUUAGUUCAUAUUUAAGUUUUUGGUAAAGAUAUGUGUUUAUGUUUUCUCACCUCUUAACUUUUAGCAAUUUAGACUGCUCUUGAUGGUCACACACCAUAACUUAUUCUUCUCAAGUUGAUGAUCCUAUUGUCUGUAUUUCUCAUUCACCAGGUUGAUAGUAAACAAUAAAGUCCAUGUACUUUUUAAAACUACAUGAAUUGUUAUAAUUAAUUUAUAUGGAGAUUGCUUUACAAAGGAUCUAUAAUUUUGGCACAGUUAUUCAAAGUUUUUCAUUGUUACUUUUAAAGAAUUACUAAGCAUACUUUCAGACAUUUUUUAUAUGUGUAAAACUAUAUAUAGAAUUUCGUCUCUUCUAGGGGGUGGUAUGCAUAAUGAAAAAAACAAACCAAAAACAAAACAAAACAUGACCGUGGACUGCCCUAGUACUAACCAAGCGUUCAUUGCCAUACUGUGUCAUUGUGAUUAACCUAGGAAUUAAAGUUAAGAAUUAACUACUUAUUUUGCUGAAGGAAACUCAGCCAUGUUACACAGAAUUUAUUUUAUGAAAACUCUGAGUAGGUUUCUGUUAACACUUUCACCUAGGGAAAUGGGAAAAAGUAAAAGACAGGACAUAUAUAAAUAAGGUAACAUAUCUCCAUGUUACUCUCACCUCCUUAUGAAAUAUUUAUUCCCUUUGUACAAACACCCACUUUUUGAAUGAUCUGUGUGGAGAGGUGGAACUUCCCCUAGAGUCUUAGAAGAGAAGAGUGUACCCUGAGCUGCCAUGUGCCCAUCUUUCUAGCUGUCCAGAAGAUGAGGGCUGAAAAGAGAUGCUCUCUCUCACAUUGGGGGAGAAUAAAGGGUUGAUGCACUGAAAUGGGACAUUUGCUUAUAAUUCUAGAUCAGAACCAGAAUAUCUAACCUGUCUUUCAACCACAUGACACUGAACAAGCCACUUAGGUUUUGUGAGCCUGAAAAGUUGUCACUAGAUGGCUAGUGACUGAAAGAGAUGUUUCCAGGGUGCUGUAUUCCAGAAAUGAGCCUGUGCAAACUUUAUGAAUGUAGAACUCAAAUAGCUAUGAAUAAAAUAGAAAUAAAAAUAAUUAAGUAUGUUAAGUCUUUUAUGAUUAUCAAAUAUCUAAGAAUGCAAAGAUGGGUAAAUAUGAAAUUUUAUAAUAUGUAGGUCAAUAGAUCUGAUAAGGAAAGUAAACAUAUCGGUAAACAUGGAAAAGAAAAUAAUAAUUUCCUUUUGUCCCUUUAAAAGCCAGAAAUAAAGAGAAGUUUCCUUAACAAACAUAUCAAACUAAAAGCUAAAGUAAAAAUUGAUAGUGAAAUACUAGAGAAGCAAUGAGUGUUUAAAACUCAGAAACCUGUUAUCACUACAUUAUUAUAUAAUAUUCCUCUGGAUGUUCUGACCAAUAUAAUAAGAAAUGAAUUAGAAUGAAAAGUAGUAAAUACUGGAAAAAAAAAAAAAAAAGCUCUACAAUCCCAUUUUUGGGUGGUAUGAUUGCAUUCCUGGGAAAACCAAGAGUCACCUGAGAAGUUAUUAGAACUUAUUAAUAGGAAGGUAGAGUAACUAGAUUUAAGAAAAUACUUUAAACUCAGUAGUUCUCCUUUAUAAUAGCAGUAAUUGUUUAGAAAAUAUGGUAGAAAAAGUCGCUUAUAGCAAGGACAGAAAAUAUAAAAUUAUGUUAAUAAGAAAUGUGUGAGCCCCUGUGGAGAAACCUGAAAAUUACUGGGAUACGUGCAGGGUGGGGGGUUGGGGGUUGCAGGGAGAAAAACAUCAUGUGCCUGAAUGGGAAGUCCCAACUAUUAACAAAUAUCCGUUUUUCUCAAGUUAACUUAGAGGUUGAGGUUUAGCAUAAUUCUGAUUUUUUUUAAUGUGUUUGAGAAAUUAACAAGAUAAUUCUUAGUUUUGUCCAAGAAACUAGAGGUAAAAAUGAGAUAACUUAGGUCAAAAACCAAGAACAGUGCCAGAGAGCUAAUAACCCUGUAGCCCUAUCAGAUAUCAAAGCACGCUGUAAAACUAUAAUAAAUAAAAGAGUAGGGUACUGGCAUAGCACUGAUAGUAAAGUUGGUGAAAGUGAAUUGAAAUCCCAGAAAUAUAUAUUCUAAAUAUAAUAAAAGAAUCAUCAGAAAUCAGCAGAAAAAGGAAGACGUUCAGUGCAUGUUUUUGAGAGUGGUAAAUAGUAUUCAAAAUAAAUUUGAAUCUUUAUGUCAUCUUAUAUACCAAAAUAAAUUCAAGGUAAAUUGAAGAGUUAGAUGAAAAAGAGUAAAUAUCCUUAUGCUAGUUUCAUUUAAGAAAGAUAUUUUAUGUGGGGGCACCUGGGUGAUUCCGUUAGUUAAGCGUCUGACUUCAUCUGGGGUCAUGAUCUCCCAGUCAUGAGCCCAGUGUCAAACUCUCUGCUGUCAGCACAAGAGCCUGCUUCAGAUCCUCUGUCUCCUCUCCCUCCCUCUCCGCCCCUCUUCCUACUCUCCCCCUCACCUCAAAAAUACAUAAAACAUUUUUUAAAAAUUAAAAAAAAAAUUCAUGUGAAUGGGGAAAUACCUUCCAAACUUUAAAGAACUGGAAGGACUCAUGAAGGGAAAAUUUAUUACAUUGACUCAGAACAUUGCCAUUUAUUUUGUCCUUUUCUCCCACCUCCCUCCCCCCAAUACAAAUGAAUAAAUUAAAGAUGUGCAAACUGGGAUUAGAAAUUUGCAAAUAUGUAGCAGACAGAGGUUUAUCUCUAUUUGUUUAUGUGGAUCAGAUCAUUUUAUUGGGGCUCCAGGGAAGGGUUGAACGGCUGGGAGACCAAUAAGAUCCAACAUCCUUGGCCUGGCCAGGAUCUCUCCAACUUCACAGUUGCAGAAAGCCAAAUGUUUACCUUUAAUUUUAAGGUGUUCCUACAAAUGCUUUCAAAAGCACCAAGUUCAAUGUACAUGAAUGAGCAAAGAACUUGAGAAAACAGGUUCAUUUACUAAAGUGAAAAUAAAAGCAAAUGGGAAAAUGUUUCUCCUUGACAGAUGAUCAAAGAAGUGAAACUUUUAAGUUGCAGUGAUAUAUUUUUACUUUUUGAGUUACCAGGAAAUUUUUCUAAUGGUUUUGUUGCUGGUGAAUAUGCCAUGAAAUGUGCUUGUUCGUAUAUUUCUUUUGGCAGUCUAAAUUGAUUGAACACUUUUGGAAAAAAACAAGUCAGCAAUUUUUGUGCCUUUAAAAUUAACAUACCUUUUGAUCCCAUAAUUUCAUUUUUGCAGCAUUAUAUAUAAUAAUGGAAAUUUUUUAAUUUUAUUUUUUAUUUUUAAAAUUUAUAUCCAAAUUAGUAUAUAGUGAAGCAAUGAUUUCAGGAGUAGAUUCCUUAAUACCCUUACCCGUUUAGCCCAUCCCCCCUCCCACAACCCCCCCGUAACCCUCUGUUUGUUCUCCAUGAGUCUCUUCUGUUUUGUCCCCCUCCCUGUUUUUAUAUUAUUUUUGUUUCCCUUCCCUUAUGUUCAUCUGUUUUGUCUCUAAAGUCCUCAUAUGAGUGUAGUCCUAUGAUUUUUGUCUUUCUCUGAUUGAUUUCACUUAGCAUAAUACCCUUUAGUUCCAUCCAUGUUGUUGCAAAUGACAAGAUUUCAUUCUUUUUGAUUGCUGAGUAAUACUCCAUUGUAUAUAUAUGCAACAUCUUCUUUAUCCAUUCAUCCAUCAAUGGACAUUUAGACUCUUUCCAUACUUUGGCUAUUGUUGAUAGUGCUGCUAUAAACAUGGGGGUGCAUGUGUCCCUUCGAAACAGCACACCUGUAUCCUGUGGAUAAAUGCCUAGUAGUGCAAUUGCUGGGUCGUAGGGUAGUUCUGUUUUUAGUUUUUUGAGGAAGCUCCAUACUGUUUUCCAGAGUGGCUGCACCAGUCUGCAUUGCCACCAACAAUGCAAAAGAGAUCGUUUCUCUCCGCAUCCUCACCAACAUCUGUUGUUGCCUGAGUUGUUAAUGUUAGCCAUUCUGACAGGUGUAAGGUGGUAUCUCAUUGUGGUUUUGAUUUGUAUUUCCCUGAUGAUGAGUGAUGUUGAGCAUUUUUUCAUGUGUCGGUUGGCCAUCUGGAUGUCGUCUUUGGAGAAGUGUCUAUUGAUGUCUUUUGCCCAUUUCUUCACUAGAUUAUUUGUUUUUUGGGCGUUGAGUUUGAGAAGUUCUUUAAAGAUUCUGGAUACUAACACUUUAUCUGAUAUGUCGUAUACAAGUAUCUUCUCUCAUUCUGUCAGUUGCCUUUUAGUUUUGCUGGUUGUUUGCUGUGCAGAAGCUUUUUAUUUUGAUGAGGUCCCAGUAGUUCAUUUUUGCUUUUGUUUCCCUUGCCUCCAGAGACGUGUUGAGUAAGAAGUUGCUGCGGCCAAGAUCAAAGAGGUUUUUGCCUGCUUUCUCCUCGAGGAUUUUGAUGGCUUCCUGUCUUACAUUGAGAUUUCUGCUUUGGGACAGCCACGCAUCUAAUUCCUUAAAACAGUUUUAUAUGUAAAACUUGUAAAGAAUCAGAACAAUGCCUCCAAGACCAUCAUCAGGUGAACUGUGGGGCAUCCACUUGAUGCCCCCAAGAAUCCUAGUAGAAUGUUUACUACCAAAUGGAAUGAUAGUGACGUUAGAAUGCCUCCGUGAGGCUACAUUAAUAACUAUAAAGCAUGAAUUAUUUAAAGAAGCAAGAAAAUAUCCUCUCCAUCAACUUCUUCAAGAUGAAUCUUCUUACAUUUUCGUAAGUGUUACCCAAGAAGCAGAAAGGGAAGAAUUUUUUGAUGAAACAAGACGACUUUGUGACCUUCGGCUUUUUCAACCCUUUUUAAAAGUAAUUGAGCCAGUAGGCAACCGUGAAGAAAAGAUCCUCAAUCGAGAAAUUGGUUUUGCUAUUGGCAUGCCAGUGUGUGAAUUUGAUAUGGUUAAAGAUCCAGAAGUACAGGACUUCCGAAGAAAUAUUCUGAAUGUUUGUAAAGAAGCUGUGGAUCUUCGGGAUCUUAAUUCACCUCAUAGUAGAGCAAUGUAUGUCUAUCCUCCAAAUGUAGAAUCUUCACCAGAACUGCCAAAGCACAUAUAUAAUAAACUAGAUAAAGGGCAAAUAAUAGUGGUGAUUUGGGUAAUAGUUUCUCCAAAUAAUGACAAGCAGAAGUAUACUCUGAAAAUCAACCAUGACUGUGUGCCAGAACAAGUAAUUGCUGAAGCAAUCAGGAAAAAAACUCGAAGUAUGUUGCUAUCAUCUGAACAACUAAAACUCUGUGUUUUAGAAUACCAGGGCAAGUAUAUUUUAAAAGUAUGUGGAUGUGAUGAAUACUUCCUUGAAAAAUAUCCUCUAAGUCAGUAUAAGUACAUAAGAAGCUGUAUAAUGCUUGGGAGGAUGCCCAAUUUGAUGCUGAUGGCUAAAGAAAGCCUUUACUCCCAACUGCCAAUGGACUGUUUCACAAUGCCAUCUUAUUCCAGACGUAUCUCCACAGCUACACCAUAUAUGAAUGGAGAAACAUCUACAAAGUCCCUAUGGGUUAUAAAUAGUGCACUCAGAAUAAAAAUCCUUUGUGCAACCUAUGUGAAUGUAAAUAUUCGAGACAUCGACAAGAUCUAUGUUCGAACAGGUAUCUAUCAUGGAGGAGAACCCUUAUGUGAUAAUGUGAACACUCAAAGAGUACCUUGUUCUAAUCCCAGGUGGAAUGAAUGGCUAAAUUACGAUAUAUACAUUCCUGAUCUUCCUCGUGCUGCUCGACUUUGCCUUUCCAUUUGUUCUGUUAAAGGCCGAAAGGGUGCUAAAGAGGAACACUGUCCAUUGGCCUGGGGAAAUAUAAACUUGUUUGAUUACACAGAUACUCUAGUAUCUGGAAAAAUGGCUUUGAAUCUUUGGCCAGUACCUCAUGGAUUAGAAGAUUUGCUGAACCCUAUUGGUGUUACUGGGUCAAAUCCAAAUAAAGAAACCCCAUGCUUAGAGUUGGAGUUUGACUGGUUCAGCAGUGUGGUAAAGUUCCCAGAUAUGUCAGUGAUUGAAGAGCAUGCCAACUGGUCUGUGUCUCGAGAAGCAGGAUUUAGUUAUUCCCAUGCAGGACUGAGUAACAGACUAGCUAGAGACAACGAAUUAAGAGAAAAUGAUAAAGAACAGCUCCGAGCAAUUUGUACCCGAGAUCCUCUAUCUGAAAUCACUGAGCAAGAGAAAGAUUUUCUGUGGAGCCACAGACACUAUUGUGUAACUAUCCCUGAAAUUCUACCCAAACUGCUUCUGUCUGUUAAAUGGAAUUCUAGAGAUGAAGUAGCUCAGAUGUACUGCUUAGUAAAAGAUUGGCCUCCAAUCAAACCUGAACAGGCAAUGGAGCUUCUGGAUUGUAAUUACCCAGAUCCUAUGGUUCGAGGUUUUGCUGUUCGAUGCUUGGAAAAAUACUUAACAGAUGACAAGCUUUCUCAGUACUUAAUUCAGCUAGUACAGGUCCUAAAAUAUGAACAGUAUUUGGAUAACCUGCUUGUGAGAUUUUUACUCAAGAAAGCAUUGACUAAUCAAAGGAUUGGGCACUUUUUCUUUUGGCAUUUAAAAUCUGAGAUGCACAAUAAAACAGUUAGUCAGAGGUUUGGCCUGCUUUUGGAGUCGUAUUGUCGUGCAUGUGGGAUGUAUUUGAAGCACCUAAAUAGGCAAGUUGAAGCUAUGGAAAAGCUCAUUAACUUAACUGACAUUCUCAAACAAGAAAAGAAGGAUGAAACACAAAAGGUACAGAUGAAGUUUUUAGUUGAGCAAAUGCGGAGACCAGAUUUCAUGGAUGCUCUACAGGGUUUUCUGUCUCCUCUAAAUCCUGCUCAUCAACUAGGAAAUCUCAGGCUUGAAGAGUGUCGAAUUAUGUCCUCUGCAAAAAGGCCACUGUGGUUGAAUUGGGAGAACCCAGACAUCAUGUCAGAGUUACUCUUUCAGAACAAUGAGAUCAUCUUUAAAAAUGGGGAUGAUUUACGGCAAGAUAUGUUAACACUGCAGAUCAUUCGCAUUAUGGAAAAUAUCUGGCAAAAUCAAGGCCUUGAUCUUCGAAUGUUACCUUAUGGUUGUCUGUCAAUCGGUGACUGUGUGGGACUUAUUGAGGUGGUGAGAAAUUCUCACACUAUUAUGCAGAUUCAAUGCAAAGGUGGCCUGAAAGGCGCACUGCAGUUCAACAGCCACACGCUGCACCAGUGGCUCAAAGACAAGAACAAAGGCGAAAUAUACGAUGCAGCCAUUGACCUGUUCACACGUUCAUGUGCUGGAUAUUGUGUUGCUACCUUCAUACUGGGAAUCGGAGAUCGUCACAAUAGUAACAUCAUGGUUAAAGAUGAUGGACAACUAUUUCAUAUAGAUUUUGGACACUUUUUGGAUCAUAAGAAGAAAAAAUUUGGUUAUAAACGGGAACGUGUGCCAUUUGUUUUGACACAAGAUUUCUUAAUAGUGAUUAGUAAAGGAGCCCAAGAAUGCACAAAGACAAGAGAAUUCGAAAGGUUUCAGGAGAUGUGUUACAAGGCUUAUCUAGCUAUUCGGCAGCAUGCCAAUCUCUUCAUAAAUCUCUUCUCAAUGAUGCUUGGCUCUGGAAUGCCAGAACUGCAAUCUUUUGAUGAUAUUGCAUACAUUCGAAAGACCCUAGCUUUAGAUAAAACUGAACAAGAGGCUUUGGAAUAUUUCAUGAAACAAAUGAAUGAUGCACAUCAUGGUGGCUGGACAACAAAAAUGGAUUGGAUCUUCCACACAAUUAAGCAGCAUGCUUUGAACUGAAAUGAUAACUGAGAAACCAAAAGCUCAUUAUCUGGAUUCUAUACUGCACUGUUAAUAACUGUCAACAGGCAAAGACUGAUUGCAUAGGAAUUGCACAAUCCAUGAACAGCAUUAGAAUUUACACAAGAUCAGAAAUAAAAUACUAUAUAAUUUAAAUAAUGUAAACGCAAACAGGGUUUGAGAGCACUAAACU